GGCAUGCAUCUUUGCUUACACCAGUAUUUACAUUCCUUUGAUUGGUCAAAACAACGACACUCAACCUGACCACCACCCAUAAUUCUAUGUAGAAGACUACUUCCUAUAUUUGCAGUGUGGAAUCAGAUUCUAUUGGCGUGAUGCUUUCUUCGCACCGUAAGUAGCCCAAACUGCUUACUAUAUAUAAUUAAAAUCGUAAGUGUCCCGAUUAGGCCAAGCUCUUGCUCGGUUGAGUUUAAACUGCUCGACUAGGUAUGUUACCCCCCUCAGGUAAUCGCUCCUUUUUCUUCCUUCUUACAGGUGGACCCUUUUGAUGUACAUUAGAGAUGACCACAUAGUUCAUUGACUCUCUAGUGACCUUUAUUGUACUAAUCAACUCUAUCUUUCCGCUGUACUAUGAAUUCGCUUACUAACUUGCUGUGUGCAAUUGUGAGCUUAGCCCAUUCACAGUGACGCCUUUUGAUUUCAAACUACCAUACAGUUCUGCCUUUCAACCCACGACAGAACUCGAGUUUGGCGAUAGAUCCGAAGACAUGAAGUCACCACAAUUUCGUUUGCCCUCUAGAGUCCCCGACUUCUCUAAAGUUACUGUGUCGCUAAUCUUAGCUCCUUUUCUUUUUGUCGUAGCCAUCGUCUACACCAUCUUCUUGGGGGGUCUUGGUCAAAGACCGGACAUUUGGAUGCAAAAUCAAUCGCUCUCAUGCAGAAAUCCGAUAGUCCGACGAGAAUGGCGGACCCUGGGCACCACAGAAAGACAAAUCUACCUGAAAGCAGUGCAAUGUUUAUGGGAGCAACCUUCAAGGAUAGGUCUCAAUCAUUCGUUGUACGAAGACUUUCCCUGGGUUCAUAGCCGCAUGGGAAACUUUUCUCAUAAUACUCCAGCAUUUAUUGCCUGGCAUAGGUACUUCCUCCAUAUCUACGAAAGAGCACUGCGGGAACAAUGCGGCUACACUGGACAUAACGUAUAUUGGGAUUGGUCCUUGGAUUGGGAGGAUAUGUCAAAAUCGCCAAUAUGGGAUAGCAACAUCGGGUUUGGUGGAAAUGGAAACAGUCACAGCAACAAAUCUGUUGGCCAUGGUCACUGCGUUACAGAUGGCCCAUUUGCAAACCGGACGAUUCAAUAUUUUGGGAGUGAAUAUGGUGCGCAUUGCCUGUCACGAGGGUUCAUUCAUGGAGAUCAUUUAAGAACUAUCUUCGGUCUUAAGGUUCAGCCGAAAGCUCUUGAAGCUGUUUUACUUCAACCUGACUACGAAUCAUUCAACCUUGAAUUGGAGGAAGGUCCUCACAAUGCUAUUCCCAGGGCAAUCCGUGGGGAUUUUUUGCGAGUCACAGCUCCGAAUGAUCCUGUAUUUUUCCUGCAUCACACGCAGCUGGACCGAAUGUGGUGGCAGUGGCAGCAACAAGACCCAGAGCAAAGGCUUUUGCAAUACAGCAGAAACUCACUUAUGGACAAUGAGGUGAACGCCUUGGAUGAUGUGUUCCAUUUCGGGGAUUUUGCACCAGAUAAGAAAGUAUCUGAGGUUCUAAGUACAGAAACAGAGCUAUUGUGCUAUAGAUAUUAAGCUACAUAGUUGAUUUGCCUCGGAAAAAUCACAGUUGUACUUAUUCUUCAACAAUACUUAAUUCAAUAUGAUAUCUCACCCUGUAGUGGCAAAGUUAAUAAUUUCGAUGAAAAGAAAUUCA